GCACUUAUUUUCCUCAAUGAUUGAAUAGUCGUGCUUAUAAUGUACCUACCUAUAGGCGCACUACUUCUAUAGAUAUGCAUUUCGCCAUAUUUUGCUUAUUUGCAAUAUCAGCAACUAUACAAGCCGGCCCCCUCCCCAAACUACGCUACCGUCCCCCCAGAUGGUCCAGACUGCGCCCUAUCAAAAUACUACAAACAUCAAAAGAGGCGUUCCAUAUCCCAGAAUCCAGAAGAUUCGACACAAUCGUACACUUUGAAGAGCCAGAUUUAAACAGUAGAAAAUCAUUUGAUAAAGAACGAGAUGAGGAUGGGACAAUUAAUAACAUAGGAAUAGAGGAUAAUGAUAGAAGAUCAUUGGGGAAAAACGAACUAGUUAAAGGUGAUAAAUUAAGAUCGUUAUUUGGGAAUGAUAAUGAAAUUGAUGAUAAUUAUAUAAGAUCGAUAUUUGGGAAAAAUGAUUUUAUACAUUUGACGAAAAGUAAAAAGAAGCAUAAUAAUUUGCUGAACAUCGUGGAGCAGUUAGUUGAGGACGAGGACGAGCCGAGCGAUCAGGAUGGCCGUGGUGUUAUGGAGGAUUCUUUAGGAUUAAAAAGAGGGCUUAGGCGGCAAGGGGGACUCCCACUUAAAUUGGUUUACGAGUUCAAUGAAUUGGUUAAUUAAAUAAGUUGAAUGUAUUUUGGUAAAUAUAUUGAAAAGAGAAAAAAAUGUGUGUGUAUUUUC